AUGAACGGCGACAGGCAGCGCCAGUACCAACCGUACGUAUCAACCGUACGUAUCAACCGUACGUAUCAGCUGCGGCUCAUCUACCAAGGUUCAGCCCUCGUCUACCAGAUUCGUGGCUUCAUCUGCUCCGGCGGUCAGCUCAUCCGUGCCGUCCCCUGA